ACCGUUGCAAAAAUCACGCUUUGUGUUGUGCUGGACUAAAAAAGCCACUCUCAUCUCAUGUGAAAGUCCACAUGCACAGGACACCUAUCACGCAAUUUUAGUACACAAACAAAGUAGUUCUGGAAGAGAGAGAGAGAGAGAGAGAGAGAGAGAGAGAGCUUUUCCCAUUUCCCUUUCACUCUUUCACAACAAAAGGGUCUUUAGGAGAGGAGAGGGAGAGAGAGAGAGAGAGAGAGAGAGAUACAAUGGAGAAGAAGACGAAGCCGCACCAUUGUGGAGCUUCAAACAAAUCAAACACUUUUGUGGUACAAUUGUAUCUUCUUCUACUACUCAUCACCCUCAACAUUUCCACCACCUCCCAAGCCUUCAAUUACACAGAUGCCCUCACAAAGAGCCUCCUCUACUUCGAAUCACAGCGCUCCGGCCGCCUGCCCUACAACCAGAGGGUCACCUGGCGUGACCAUUCCGGCCUCACAGAUGGCCUAGAGCAAGGGGUGGACUUGGUAGGAGGGUAUUAUGAUGCAGGUGACCACGUCAAGUUUGGGCUGCCAAUGGCAUUUACAGUGACGAUACUCUCUUGGAGUGUCAUUGAAUUCCGGCAACAAAUUGCCGCCGCCGGUGAGUUGGAGCAUGCAAUGGAGGCAAUCAAGUGGGGCACCGAUUACUUCAUCAAGGCUCACACCAGUCCCAAUGUGUUAUGGGCUGAGGUGGGGGAUGGCGACACUGAUCAUUACUGUUGGCAACGGCCGGAGGACAUGACAACAUCAAGGCAAGCCUACAAGAUUGACGAGACUCAUCCCGGGUCGGAUCUUGCCGGGGAGACUGCGGCGGCUAUGGCGGCAGCAGCCCUAGUGUUCAAGAAGACUAACCCGCAUUAUGCCCACCUACUCCUACACCAUGCCCAACAGCUGUUUGAGUUUGGGGACAAGUAUAGGGACAAGUAUGAUGGGAGCUUGGGAGUAGUGAAGAGUUACUACGCGUCGGUGAGUGGGUUCCAGGACGAGUUGUUGUGGGCAGCUUUGUGGCUAUACAAGGCCACCGACAAUGAGAGGUAUUUGAAGUAUGUUAUUAGCAAGGCUCAUAGCUUUGGUGGCAUUGGCUGGGCAAUUACAGAGUUCAGUUGGGACGUUAAGUACGCUGGUCUUCAACUCGUUGCCUCUAAGUUGCUGAUUGAAGAAAAACACAAGCAACACUCUCACAUUCUAGAGCUAUACAGAUCAAAAGCAGAGCACUACAUCUGCUCAUGCCUAAACAAAAACAAUGACACCAAAAAUGUGGAGCGCACGCCAGCAGGCCUGUUGUACAUAAGGCAAUGGAACAACAUGCAGUAUGUUUCAACAGCUGCUUUCCUCCUAACAGUGUACUCUGAUUUCCUCAAGAGCUCAAACCAGAAGCUCAGCUGCCAUGGAGGAAUGGUGGGCCAUGAGGAAGUUCUUGAUUUUGCAAAAUCACAAAUUGAUUACAUUUUGGGUUCCAACCCAAUGAACAUGAGCUACUUGGUGGGGUAUGGUCCAAAAUACCCUCAAAGGGUGCACCACAGAGGAGCCUCUGUUGAGUCAUAUAGAGAGAACAAGGGGUUCAUUGGGUGCACCCAAGGGUAUGACAAUUGGUAUGGCAGGGAAGAGCCUAACCCAAAUGUUCUGGUUGGGGCUUUGGUUGGAGGGCCUGAUUGUCAAGAUAAUUUUGUGGAUCAAAGGGACAAUUAUAUGCAGACUGAGGCCUGUACAUAUAAUACAGCUCCAUUGGUUGGAGUUUUUGCUAAGUUUUCAGAGGUAGAGGUCCAAAAGAUGGAUCAAAGUAUGGGUUUGGUUGCUUCUUAUUAGAUAUACAAUAUGGUUUGGGAAAACAGAGUGAUGGGUUUAUUUGUUAUAAGCCCUUUCUUUUGGCUUUGUGAUGGUGGCUGAACUGAGGUGUUCUAGCCCAUUUUGUACCCUUCAUUGUUGCAAGUGUUUAUAGUAUAACCUUUUAAAGGCUA